AUGGAACAUCAUGAUACAAUGACAAUGAUGAAUUUAAACAAAUCAUGGUGGAAUGUAUUUAUGCAUGAAUGGCGAAAAAAACAAAAUGAAUGGAUAAAAUUAUACAAUGAAAAAGGUAAUUCUUCUUUGAAUGAAACAAACUGUGAGGAGGUUAAUCAUCGAAAUCUUGAUAAUACUGACUUACCAUGGUUACCUGAUCGAUUUAUUGAGGAAAUGGAGAAAAGAGAGAUUUUUCAAAUGAUUAAUAUUCAGUAA